CUGGUCAGGCAGUUCAUUCGGCUGUUGCUGGUCGCCUCGCUAAGGCGGAGAUUCACUCUUCUCCGAGAGGCUGGCCCAGUCCUCCGCCUCGGCCAGAAUGGACUUCAGGGAAGUGCUCCUGAUAGCUUCCAAAGCACAAGGUGUCAACAACGUGCCGAAAAGAUACAGUUUGGCAGUGGGUCCUCCCAAAAAAGACCCAAAAGUUAAGGGUGUCCAGUCGGCAGCUGUCCAGGCUUUUCUCAGAAGAAAAGAAGAAGAGCUCAGACGAAAAGCUUUGGAAGAGAAAAGGAGAAAAGAAGAACUAGUGAAAAAGCGAAUUGAGCUAAAACAUGACAAGAAAGCAAGAGCUAUGGCCAAGAGGACAAAGGAUAAUUUCCAUGGUUACAAUGGGAUUCCUGUUGAGGAGAAGUCAAAGAAGAGGCAGGCAAUGCAAACCCACACUAGCCAGGGAACAGACCAAGAGUUUGAGAUGGAGGAAGAGGAUGAAUUCUUAGAAUACAAUCAAGCAGAGUCAGAGCAAGAGUAUGAGGAAGAGCAAGAACCUCCCAAAGCUGAAAGCAAGCCAAAGGUCCCCCUUAAAAGUGCCCCACCACUCAUGAACUUCAAUGAUCUACUCAGGCUGGCCGAGAAAAAGCAGUACGAACCGGUGGAGAUAAAGGUAGUGAAGAAGACAGAAGAGCGGCCUAUGACUGCAGAAGAACUUAGGGAGCGAGAAUUCCUUGAACAAAAGCAGAGGAAAAGGAAACCUGAGACAGAUGCAAGAUUACCACCAACCAGAAAAGUACCCUCUCAGAAAGAAAGUGUGGGCACAAAACUUAGCAAAGGUUCUGGAGACACGCAUCCUUCUUCCAAGGGUACUCCCCUUCCUUAUGCUGAGAAGAAAUCCAGACCCAGCACAGCUAAUGAGAAACACUUGCGUUUAUCUUCAUCCAAAUCCAUGCCAGGAGAAAGGACCAAAGUAGUAUCUGGCAAUUGCGCCCAACCCUUGCCUUGUGAGGGCCGUGACAGACCUGUUUUCAAUGGGGCUGGAAAGCCCCACUCCAGCACCUGUUCACCAAGUAUCCCAAAGACUUCUGCUAAAGGGACUCCAAAAUCUGCUACUGAGCACAAAGCCAAAAAAUCUCCUCAUCCUAGCUGUUCCAGGCCUGGACCCAUGGUCACCCCACACGAUAAGGCCAGGAGUCCAGGUGUCAGGCAGCCAGGCAGCAGCUCCAGCUCAGCCCCUGGGAGGCCUAGCACAGGGACUGCUCGGCCCACGGUUAGUUCUGGCCCCGUGCCCAGGCGCCAGAAUGGCAGCUCCAACUCAGGACCCGAGCGAUCAGUCAGUGGGACCAAGAAGCCAACCAGUGACUUAAAUCCCCCAGGACGGACAGUCAGUGGUACAAGUGGCCUUGGUCGACCUGCAGGCAGCUCAGGUUGCCCUGGGCGACCUACCAGUGGCUCCGGUGGUUCUGGGCGGCCUGUGGGUAGCUCUGGUGGCCCUGGGCGGCCUAUGGGCAGCUCUGGUGGCCCUGCGCGGCCUAUGGGCAGCUCUGGUGGCCCUGGGCGGCCUGUGGGCAGCUCUGGUGGCUCUGGGCGGCCUGUGGGCAGCUCUGGUGGCCCUGGGCGGCCUGUGAGCAGUCCACAUGACCUUCGACGACCAGUGAGUGGCUCAGGGGCCCCUAGACGGUCAGUCAAUGGCCCUGGCCGAUCAGUAGUUCCAGCUGGACGAACUGUCAGCAGUUCAGGCCCUGGUAGACCAGUGAGCAGCUUUGUACCUGGGCGGACAGUUAGUACCUCAGGUCCCUCUCUGAAGCCCAAAUGCACUGUUGUCUCAGAAACGAUUUCUUCCAAGAAUAUAAUCAGCCGAUCCAGCAAUGGACAGAUGAAUGGAAUGAAGCCUUCCUUAUCUGGCUACAGAUCUGCCCAAGGUCCUCAAAGGCUUCCCUCCCCUGGUAGUUACAAAAGGCAGCGAGAAUAUGAAGAGGAGGAAGAUGAUGAUGAAUAUGACUCUGAAAUGGAAGAUUUUAUUGAAGAUGAAGGAGAACCUCAGGAAGAAAUAUCCAAGCACAUUCGAGAAAUCUUUGGCUAUGACCGAAAAAAAUACAAAGAUGAAAGCGAUUAUGCCUUACGUUACAUGGAGAGUAGUUGGAAAGAGCAGCAGAAGGAAGAAGCAAAGAGUUUAAGACUAGGUAUGCAAGAAGAUUUAGAUGAAAUGAGACGUGAAGAAGAAGAAAUGAAACGUCGAAAGGCCAAGAAGCUGAAGAAGCAUUAGCUGCUGCUUUUAUUUAUUUUUGUGAAAUUCUGAAAACAGUCUGCUGCAAGGAAGUCCUGCCUUCAGACUGAAGAAGCCCCUUAUCAUUUUAGAAUUCUACUUGGGUACUCAAGGAGAAGGAAUGCAUACUGUCUAUCUGCAGGCUGUCGUUAGAGCAUAAAGUAUUUUCAGAUACUUUCCAGGGUGAAAUCUGUAAUGCAGAUGACGUAACACCCAGUGAGUGCUCUUACGAAGCUAACUGUUCACAGGUGCCACCCUUGAUCCUGAUGAGCUAUGCACUCUCAUGUGGGGCCGCUCACAAGUCAGCCAAUCUUAUGUUAUUCCUUUGCUACUCUAAAAGGAAAAAAAAAAGGAUUGCUCCUUUACUUCCGUAAUUCUGCUGAUGUGUGAGUACGGCACUGCCUGGCUCCCAAUCAAAUUUAUUUUGUCUUUUGAUGAGGAAACUGGCCCUUCCAUUAAUGCUGCCAGCAAUAAAGUGACCUGUCCUAACCUAAAUGUUUGGAUUGAGAACUUGAAAAUGUAGAGUAGCUGUUAUAAUUAUAUGGAUGUCAUUUAUGUGACUUUGAAGUAAAAAGUAGAAUAAAUUGUAUUCUGCAUUAUUCAUGGA